CAGUGCGCGGCGAGCUGCGCGCGCGAGCAGUGGUGUGCGACACUGGAGGACUGGAGGACUGGAGGACUGGAGACUGGAGACUGGAGACCGGAGGCCGGCCAUGACCUCCUAGCGGCACUCGGACAUGCGCGCUCACCAGGCGGCCUGGCUGCUGGCAGCUGUGCUCCUGACGGUGCGGGCCCAGUGCCCCUGGCAGCACGACGCCCCGGAGCUGCAGUCCGCCUGCCUCUGCGCCUACAACCUGGGCCAGGAGCUGUCCGUGCAGUGCGACGCCGUGGACGUGCCCUCGCUGCUGCGCGCCCUGCGCCGCCACGCGGUCGGUGUGCCGCUCGACCUGCUGUACGUCAACAACAGCAGCAUCGCCGCGCUGCCCGACGAUGCCUUCCUCGGCGUGCGCCUGCGCAACGUGCAGCUGUCCGGCUGCCGCAUCCGCAGCAUCGCGCCGCGCGCCUUCACCGGCCAGGAGGAGUCGCUGCGGAACCUCAACCUGCAGGAGAAUGAGCUGAGUGAGGUGCCCGUGGCCAGCCUGCGCUCGCUCGCCAACCUCUCCCUGCUCGACCUGUCGCGCAACAGGAUCUCCCGCGUGCCCGCCGAGGCCUUCGCCACGCUGCAGGGCCUGUCCACCCUCAAGCUGGCCGACAACAACUUGACCCUGGACGCAAGCGCCUUCCGCGGCCUCGAGCGAUCCCUCAAGAACCUCAACCUCAAGGGCACGCGCCAGAAGCAGCUGCCCGAGGCGGUGCGGGGGCUCGGAGCCAUGGCCUUCCUGGACCUGGCGCAGAAUGGCCUGCGCGAGCUGCCCGACUCCGGGCUGCUGGCGGGCCUCGCCUCGCUCACCGCGCUCAACCUCGAGCGCAACCUCAUCCAGGCAGUGGCUGACGGGGCCUUCCGCGGCGUCGAGGACACGCUCAGCUCGCUCAGCCUGCUCAACAACCUGCUCGCCGAGUUCCCCAAGGGCGGCGUCGGCCGCCUCAAGGAGCUCAGGGUGCUGGACAUAGGCUUCAACCUGCUGACGGAGCUGCCCGAGGACGCGUUCAGCGGCAACCCCUCGCUGACGCUGCUGGCCCUGGACGGCAACCCGCUGGCCACGGUGCCGGCCCGGGCGCUCGCCCACCUCAACACCAGCCUGAGGGGCCUCAGCCUGGGGGGCAGGUCCCUGCAGUGCGACUGUCGUCUGCGCUGGGUCGCCGAGUGGAUCCGCGACAAGGACCUGCAGGUCACCAGCCGGGAGCGGAACCCGCAGUUCUGCGGCAGCCCGGCCGCCAUGCGGGACCGCGGCUUCUACAGCAUCGUCCCUGAAGAGUUGAGAUGCGACUGGGAAACCACCACCACCACAGUGACUCCGAGCACCUCGGAGAUGACCACAGCUCUGAGCACACCUUCGACGACUACCGCCAGCACGACGUCCAGGCCCGCCCCAGGCCCGGGCUGGCGAGCCACCAGCACCACGCGGACUCCGGUGUACGUCACCAGGCCGCACUACCACAGUCCCUCGCGCGCUACCACGACCACGUCCACCACUACCACCACUACGACCACCACCAGGCCGACCACCACGACCACCAGGCCGACCACCACGACCACCAGGCCGACCACCACGACCACCAGGCCCACCACCAAGCCGCGCCUCGUAGUGAGGCCCUCGGCAGCGCCCACACCGGUCUGGACGCGGCCUCGCGUGGCGCGCAAGGAGGUGGUGGUGCGCUCCGCCUACCGCCAGGACAACUCCGUCAUCAUCCAGUGGGACUCGGAGACCACCAACAUCCUGGGCUUCCGCGUCGUGUACCGCCUGUUCGGCGACAAGAGUUUCAAGCAAGGCCCACCCCUCGAGGCCAGCGAGCGCGAGUUCAAGAUCAAGAACGUGCCCACGCAGGAGUGCAUGGUGGUGUGCGUGGUCUCCCUGGAGGACGUCAACGUGACACCAGAGACAGUGGCUUGGGCGCAGUGCCGGGAGGUGCGCACCGUCGCCCUACCCACUAGCAACAUGGACAAGAUCACCAUCGCGGCGAGCGCGGCCAUCUGCGGCACAGUGGUGGUCGCCGUGGUGAUAUUCGUGGCGGCCAGCCGACGACGGGGCCGCAAGCUGCACACCCUGCGGCCGGGCGACAAGGGUGGGCUUGCGGUGAGCGGGCUGCCCGUCAACUGCUGCACCGGGGCCAGCCACACGCCCAGCCCCGGCGGACCCCUGUCCUCCCUCGCCACGCUCAGCGCCUUCACCGCCCACAAGGACUGGGACCAAGUGUCCACCUACAGCAACCGCAGCAUCCCGCGACCCCACGUCUACCACGUGGAGCGCACAGGGUCCCUGAAUGCCGGGUGCCUCCCUGAAGAGAGAGCCCACGUGACCCACUUCAGCGGCAAGGGCGUGAAGGCCCGGUCCAUCGCGGAUGGCCAGUCGCAGCACAGCUUCUCCAACCACUCGGGGCGGUACCUCGCAGGAAGCGCUUUCCCUUCGGGGCUGGCGAGCUCGCGUCCAGAUCUCCGGCAGUCCCGCCAGUCACUGGCCGCGGCCUCGGAGCACCUGUCUCGAACAUCCUUCCCAGCAGGUGCCACGCACCACCACCAGUCCGCUUCCUCGCGGAGACCCAGGCCCCGCUCGCGCUCCCGAGACCACCAGCGACCCUCCAGCCGCUACAGCACCGCCGGGUCCACACACACCCUCAACAACUACUGCGACACCUCCGACAACUGGACCGACCACGACAUGGACAUAUACAUGGCUCGUAACCCCACGGCGCGAGGGGGCCUGGUGCCGCUGUAGUCCCCCAGAGCUCUGCUACAUGUGCCUCACAGUGUCGCUACUGCACCGCCGGGUCCACACACACCCUCAACAACUACUGCGUCACCUCCGACAACUGGACAGACCACGACAUGGACAUAUACAUGGCCCGUAACCCCACGGCGCGAGGGGGCCUGGUGCCGCUGUAGUCCCCCAGAGCUCUGCUACAUGUGCCUCACAGUGUCGCUACUGCACCGCCGGGUCCACACACACCCUCAACAACUACUGCGACACCUCCGACAACUGGACCGACCACGACAUGGACAUAUACAUGGCUCGUAACCCCACGGCGCGAGGGGGCCUGGUGCCGCUGUAGUCCCCCAGAGCUCUGCUACAUGUGCCUCACAGUGUCGCUACUGCACCGCCGGGUCCACACACACCCUCAACAACUACUGCGUCACCUCCGACAACUGGACAGACCACGACAUGGACAUAUACAUGGCCCGUAACCCCACGGCGCGAGGGGGCCUGGUGCCGCUGUAGUCCCCCAGAGCUCUGCUACAUGUGCCUCACAGUGUCGCUACUGCACCGCCGGGUCCACACACACCCUCAACAACUACUGCGUCACCUCCGACAACUGGACAGACCACGACAUGGACAUAUACAUGGCCCGUAACCCCACGGCGCGAGGGGGCCUGGUGCCGCUGUAGUCCCCCAGAGCUCUGCUACAUGUGCCUCACAGUGUCGCUACUGCACCGCCGGGUCCACACACACCCUCAACAACUACUGCGUCACCUCCGACAACUGGACAGACCACGACAUGGACAUAUACAUGGCCCGUAACCCCACGGCGCGAGAGGGCCUGGUGCCGCUGUAGUCUCCCAGAUCUCUGCUUGACAUGUGCUUCACUGUUACGUGGCUUAUCUUGAUUUCAGACUCACAUACACUUACAUAGACAUGUAUAUAAAAUAUUUAGAUAAUCUUUCACGUCCAGCCCUACAGGUAUUUCUGCAAGUUACAGCAUGUUACAUUUUUUAUUACUAUGACACAGUCUACUUUAUCAAAACAAAUUCUUUUUAUAAAUAAUAAUAGUGUACAUCAUGCAAAGGAUUUGUUCUGUGAGUCUUAUUUUUUUUUUUUUCUGUUAGUCUUAGUAUAGCACCACAAUGCCAUCUUGCUAUUAACUACUGCUGUGUGCAACUUUGAAGACCAGUAAUGUGUUGUUGCUGAUAGUGGUCCAUUGCACCAGCAAGAAGGAACUAGACAAUAGUUAACAAUGAUAAUGCAAUGGGAGAUAGAUAGUGCUUAAAAUGAUGGAAAAAGGACUAAUAUCGACUGUGACUUAUCACACUAGAAUAUUUGCUGUCAUCAGUCUCUUUCAAGCACACGAGUAAGGUACGAAAAUGUAUUCGAACAUGUGUAUUACACCAAUCCCUCACUUAGCACGACUAAUUCGUUCCUAAAAAUGUUCGUGUUAGUCGAAAUCGCGUAUUCUGAAGCAUUAGUCCCCAUAAAUAUAAGGCUAAAUUAUUUAAUGUGUUCCAAGAUGUGUAGGGAAGUAAUCUUUACAUAAUAUAAAUGCGUAGAAUAAUACUUGAAAAUGCAUAUGUCAUAUCAUUUAUCUUUUUAAGCCUACCACCGAAUACGUUAGAUAAAGAAAACAUGGCACAGUGUACCGGGAGAUAAGUGGUAACAUAUUUACCGUCAGUCAGCAGGUUGGCUUGCCCGCCCAGGCGUGACCUUCAACACGCGCGUGCGUCUGUCUGCCUGCUGUUGUAAGCAGCUGGAUCCUUUGUUAUUACGUUUAAAACUUAACAAAAUUAAAACACUUUUAUGAAAUUAAGAACCGGUUUUAUAUAACUUUAAAACACACAGCCAUAUGUAAACAUUUAAUUUGUUAUGCACACCUCUUAUAAAAGCGGCUAUGUAAACAAAUCAGUUAACAGAUAAACAGAUUUAGAUUUUCCCUAGAGCACAAACAUAACAUUAAAAUAUGUACAAUAUGUACAUAUACAAAACAUAAAAGUUAGUUAAAUAUUUUCUGGGGUGAAAUUAACACUAUCAUCUUGCUUUUUUUUUAAAAAAACGUGUCCAAUUUCAUCUGCUUUGGUUUCUGUUCUGCCAUUAUUCCAACUGCAGCUGCGCAAUUCAUCAAGGCCUGGUCUGCAGCCGGGCAUCAACGGUAGGGCCCGGUGUUUGUUUAUCUGCGUGCGCAUCUCUUUCCCCUCGCAUUCCAAACCACUCUUCCCCCCUCGAAUUCCAUACCUGACGUCGCGUCGUUUCCGAGAUUUUUUUUAGCCUGUGGCGAUUUCGUGCUAACUGAAAUUUACAUACGUGCUAUUCGAGACUAGGGCAGUAAAAUUUACAUCGUGCUAACUGAAUUUGCAUUAAUUGAAGACGUGCUAUGCGAGGGAUUGGUGUACUUGAAAUGACAAAGUAACACAACAUGUUAAGACUUUUAAUCAAAUGACUUUAAAACUAAGUCCUCCGAACAACUCAUUGAUGUAUCCUUUGUUAAAUAAACUCAUAAACUACAAAACAAGUGUAAAAUGUUUUGGACAAAACAUUUUUUCACAUUUAACUAUAUACUUAAUUUUUCACAAAAAGUAGUAGACCAAAGGUACUGUCAAGUAAUAUCCUUUUGAAAGAUAUUUAUCUGGUACUUUUUGAGCAUUCACAAAAUAGUAACCAGCAAUAUUAAAGAGGUCAUUAACAUCCAAUCAGAUACAAGAGAACUAGAAGAAUCAUGUGCAGAACCAAGAUAUCUUACAACGGAUUGUCAUACUCUCCAACUGCUAUGAAAUCAAGUUGAAUACAAUACAAAAGUCAUGUAUUGAGAACAGAAGACAAUUUAAUACUUGACUCUUAUAUUUAUAUUAUUUUAUUUUAUAUGAGUUCACGAUGCAUCGAAUUGUAGUAGUACAAUGACUUAUGUAUUAAUUUUUGUAUACAUAGUUCUUACGAAUCAAAAAUUGCAUUAGUUAUGUUUUUCUAUUAAUAUAUGUAGAAUUGUACAGAAAUGUGAAGUUAUAAUAAACAAACUAUAUGAAGUACAA